GCUUACGUGCAAGAUCAGCAAGGAUGAGUCACGCUUUGAAAAUACGAAAAUCCGUUUGAUGUUGUCAUCUAACGUCAGUUGAGAGGGGGAACUAGACGUUAAAAGUUAAAGCGUGCGACGUUCAACAGAAACGAACAGUCCUAGUACCGUGACAGACAAUGCCGAACAAUCUCAAAGCUUUUAACAAGUUUUCCAGGUCAUUGGACGAGAGUAUUCUACAGAGAAGCACACCUUCGUGCCAUUUUAAUCCGUUGACAACAAAAGAAGCCAUUGGUGUCGAAGUUGUUGACGGACUCCGGGAAGGUUCGCCAGCCGACUUCUGUGAAAGAAUGUUAGAGACUUUGAGAUCUCAGAGUGGCGUAAUGGAACUUGAUAGAAGAUUGAACUUAGGCCAGCAAAAUGCUCCAGACGACAAUGGGGUUUUAUCCACAAAGUUUCCUGAGGCGGCUGCCCGCGCAAACAAGGAGGAGGAAAAAGAAACGAAACACGCCAUUCCCUGGACAGAUGUCGACAUUGGAAGUUUACUACGACUUCAAUCAAAUGUCUCUUUGACAAAGCCGGAAAACUUAGGCUUGAAAAAUCGUGUAAAUGUACAAAAUGGAAUUUUUGAAAUGCAAAAUAUCACUUUUGUUUCUGAUAAAGCCAACUUGAGCGUCACCGAAAUAGAAUGCAAUGGGACAGAACGUGCAGGGGAACAUGGGGUGCAAAGCAAAACAACACCCCGUAAGAGUAAACAGCCACAACUGAAACUUUUGAGUAGCUCCGGAAGAGGCGGCGAGGGACAAGACGGAUUUGACACAUUUAAUGAACCUGUUGGGGUAACUGCCACGCCAGAUGGUAAAAUCAUUGUGGCAGACUACAACAACGAUAGACUAAAAAUAUUAUCCAGCGAAGGGAAAUUCAUGCGUGCGCACGAUCACUACUCGAGAGAGAGCGGAAAAAAAUUUCCGUUUAUGUGCCCCGCUGGGAUUGCUUGCGAUGCAUCAGGGAACAUAGCCGUCGCGGAAAAAGGCAGAAAUCGGGUCGUUGUUCUUUCUUCAACCUGCACGAUCCUUCACGCUUUCGGUCGACAUGGCGUGGAACAAGGUCAGUUCAGGGGACCCCACGGAGUCUUCAUAGACGCUCGAAACCGCAUUAUUGUCACUGACACAAUGAACUGCCGAAUACAAGUUUUUGACCAGGAAGGAAAUUUUCUCUUCUUGUUCGGCGACAAGGGACCGGGGAAACUCAACUACCCAUGCUAUGCGGUCUUUCACGAAGGACGGUUUUACGUAACUGAUACAGACAAUGAUUGUGUGAAAGUGUUUGACACUCGUGGUACUUUUUUGAGGACGUUUGCUGACGGACUUAGCGCGCCUUCCGGGAUUACGAUCUACAAGAGCAAAUACCUUCUUGUCUGUGACUAUGGCAAUGACUGUGUGAAGAUCUUAUCUCUGGAAGGACGGGUGUUAGGCGCGUUUGGAAGCAAAGGAGACGGCACAGAUGAAUUUUUUGGACCUGAGGCUCUGGCAGUUACUCCACAAGGAAAGGUCGUCGUAAGCGACAAACUUAAUUCUAGAAUUCAGGUGCUUGAUUUAGUUAUUUGAGGAAUAAUUUUUGAAAACAUUUGAAUUUAUGGAUUUUCAUGCUGGCGUUUAACUGAGCUAGCUCAAUAUUAGCAUGCAAAACAAACCGUGGUGAAAGCCACUGGAAAGAUGAAAGCCAAAGAGCAAACUAAAAAUUCUCAACAGGAAUCACGCUGAAUUUACAAUACAAUAACGAUAGCAACGGUUUGGUCACGUUUUGUGAUUGUUACGCUAACUGCCAUAUCUUAAUCCCAACAAUAAAUCUUUUAUAAAUCUUCGCCUGUUAAAUUUCAAAGCAAUUUCCUUUGAAUGCUUUUAGUUAGGAUUCGGUUAAAAUCCCGAAUUUAUUCAAAUCGUGAACAUUAUUGUCAAUGUCGUUGAAUAUACGAUGACCAAAUUGAGCGCGUUUCAGUCCAGGCUUGUUGUGUUUUUGCUUUAUCUUGACUGGUCUCGUAAACUUGCGUCCUUUCCGCUUUUGAGAAUGCAGAACUAAAACCAACCAAGACUCGUUCAGUCGCAUUCUCUUGCGCUUCAAGGUUUGCUUGUGUUUAUUUUUUUUUUUUUCUUUGUUCUCCGGCUUUACAUUGUUUUAAUAUUUUUUGCAUUCGUUUAAUUAACCUUUGCGGCUCUAAGCUGGAUUUGGUUUGAGACCACUCAACAGAAAUGCGUUGUGAUCUGAAGCACAUUUACACCUCACGCAAUUCAGGUUUGACUGCUACGACGGUGAGCAACUUAAAUUUGGGCACAGAUUCCCUUAUUUGAAAAGACCAAACGCGAUCUUUACUAAUGACCGAGUUCCCCUUUUCCAUAAUGCCUGUUUGUUUCAAAUCAGGGUCCAGUUGUUCGAAGGCCAAAUAGCACUAACCCAGAGUUAAAUUUCAAUCCAGGUUUCCUUAUUUCUCUAUUCAAGAACCCUUUUGGAAUAAUUUUCCCUAUUCUUUUUAGAGCAUCAAAUCAUAAAAUUAUAGACGAAGAUAGUUAAACUAAAUUUUCGUUUAAAGCUUUAAGAUCUGAAAUCAAAUUUCACGCUAACUCUGGGCUAUCUUAACCCAGCUUUAAUUGAACAACCCGAUCUAGGAGAAUAUUAACCCUAAGAAGUUUAUAUUCUCUUGUUUCAGACCACUUCCUGCGGGCAUCGUCGCCAAGGGUUUCCUUCAAACUUGAGAAGAACUUUUUAGAGUGGAGCGUUUGGCCAGCAUUUUGAUUUGAGAAAGAAAUACCACUUUCAACUAUUUACCCCUAACUAAGUUUAAUCGCAAACUUUCUCAAAUUGCGUGGCUGUAAUUGUAAAAAGCUGUGGCUUGUUUUAAGGUUACCUUAGCCGUAAUUUAGAUUUUCAAAUGAGUUUAAAGAUAUUGUAGGAAUGAUGUAGCAUGAUAGACAGUUUGCAGAUAUUCUAAAAGGAUGCUAGAAUGUUAAAUGGAAUGUGCAGAAUUUGCUUGAUUUACGAUAUUGCUUUAGUUUUAAGCCAGAUAUUUAUACGUAUUUCAAAUUUAAUAGUGGAAAGAUUAAAGAUUUAACACGGUCUUA